AUGGCGGACCACUUCGCGCUGAUGACGGGCCGGCUGCUCACGGAGUCGACGCUCCAGUCCGCCGUCCACGGGGCCUUUGCCGAUGCCGUAGCUUCCACCACCGCCGCCGGCUAUGACCAGACCGAUCCCUCCGUCGUUCUUCUUGAAGAUGUUCAGCUGGGCAUGGGCAAGGGCAAGGGCAAGGCCAAGAGUGGUGUCAUGGUGGAGUGCAGAAUCUGCCAAGAGGAAGGUGACGAGGCUUACAUGGAGACCCCCUGCUCCUGCAAGGGCAGCUUGAAGGCGAGCUUAAUUUCCUCUGCUUCUCUUUUCGGUGUUACAGCUAGCUUAUAUGAAACUUACACCUUCAUGUUCAACCCCGAUCGCAAAUAA